AUGAAUCGCGGACGAGGUCGUCUAGUCAUCGGCAUUAUUGUGAGCCGUACUUUUGAAACUAUGAUGCUACGCCGCCACCUACUCACCAGAAAGAAGCGCACCAAAGAGUUGGACAAGGUGCAGGCCAUCUUGAAUUGCGAUGUGGAGCAGCUUUUGUAUGAACCCCAUUCGCUACUCGCCCAAUUUAUGAACGAGCUGCAGGGAGCGGUUUUAGAAACCGAUCCCGCAAACCUAGAUGAUCCCGACUUUUUCGAGGUAUUAUGUAAAAAAAUGCUAGUCCUUCUACGAAGCGAUUCGGAUUGUGUCCGAGCUUCCGUCUUUCAUAUCCUUCGCCUGUCCACAUUCCAGCAGCGCAAUUUGCUUUUUAUGCUCACCAGUCAUGUCGAUAUUUAUGCGGUUAGGGCUCUUGAUAUCCUUUCUGAGAGGACAACCGAACGGGAAGCGGCCUUUCAGUUAAUCUCCAAGAUGUUGAGGGUUUAUAGAGCUAGUCCCCAAUUGAAGCAACUCCUGAUGGAGCCGAGGAAUGAUCCAUCUAAAACACAAUACGCAUUCCCGAAAUCUAUAAUGCAACCCGUGGUGGCGAUAGCGCUCCAACAAUUGAGCAGAAUGGAUGAGGUCCCCGUGAAUUCACCGCAUGAUCCCCUGAGCAUGCCGUGCGUCUCCCUAUUUUUGGAGCUGGCCGUCACGGAGAGCCAAUUUAUUCUGGAGAUGGCCGGGACCGACUGGAUUGUAUCCGCUCUAACAGGUACCUCGAGCGUCUCCUCAACGCUGGCCACCCACAUCUCCCAGGUGCUCGUCUACUGGCUGGACGACCCCGAGAUGCGCAGCAUGGCCAAUUUGCACCUGGUUUUGCAGCAAAUCUUCGCCCCAUUGAUAGAGUACGGGUUUUUCCAGACUUCAAACAUUGAAAGCAAAGACCUCAAGCCACUCGAGCUGCCGCUCGACAAAUACUCGAGCUCCUUCCUGGCCAUAAUGCGAUCCUGGGCCGGAAUCUUUGCUUGUGCCUCCGUUGACGGCCAAGGGAAUGUGAUGUCGGGCUCGCCGCUGAGGCUUCUCGACUACCUUGGAAUGGGUGUGGUGGUUGGGGAGAAUUUGCUGAAAAUUCGGGACAUGGUCGUCGACAUCGCCUGCGAGUUUGUCGACCGCCCGUACGCGCAUAUGAAGUUCAGCUCGUGGCCCGAAGCUAUGGAUUUUUAUGCCAAGCAAUGCGUCACCAACAUGUCGCGCGGCCUCCUUGGAGACGAUUUUAUCUUAGCCGAAUUCGAGACGCAUAUCUACUCCAAGCCGGGCUACUCCGACUAUAUGGAUUUCUUGAUGGCUUUUCGCGCGGUGGCCUCAUUCGCGUUGAUCAGCGCCGGGUUGGCACAGUCAUUGGCUCGCCUAAUCGUGGCUCAUCCGGAAGAUUCGAGCUCGUUGAAAGCCACUCUGCUACUUUCGGACAUUUGCUGGAUUAGCUCGACUUUUGUGCCUACCGAAUGGAGAAAAGCCAUUUUAUCGCUGCCAACGUUGGUGCAAUCGGCAGCGGAAACGAUUACGAGGAACAGUGCGCUGGGGAAUCCGGGCACGGCUCCGCAAGAAACCACUUUUCUUAAUGCCGGAAACGCCAUGCUUGUCCUCUAUCGAAUGGACGAGUUGACGCGCAUCCGACAACUCUAUGAUGGUCGCCUACCUCCCACUUCCAAUAGCGUGCUAUUCAUCUCCUCCCUACGACAGCAGGACAAGAAUUCGGGGUGCGAAAUGAGCGCACUGAACGCGACAAUCCAGGCGGCAAUCGGCGGGAAUUCGGGGGAGAUUCAAUGGAAGUGCGCGCUGUCCUCGUUGACGACGGCGCUCCGAGAACCAGCGAAAACGGCGAAGAGCAGCGGGGAGAAGCUGUUCAACCUCGUGCAAAAGAUCUUCAACUGGGCCUCUCCGCCCGAAAAGCGCUUCCGGCAAAACGACCGUCUCGAGGCGUUGGCCUGCAAGAAGGCGUUCAAGUACGCGCUGCACUUCUCCGGCGACGAGUACUACAAGGAGAUGCUGUCCAACUACGCGGCAAAGUGUUUCCACGAGCUCGGCGAGGAGCGCCUCCCCAGCGGAGCAUUCUCCACGAAACAACUCGUCACGUCCGGCGCCCCCUACUAUUUCAUGCUCCUCGGGCUGAUGAGCUCGCACUCGGUCGGCCUGGAGACGCUCAACACGAUCGGCAUCUUCCAGAGGGGGAGCAGU